UCUACCGUUUCUGGUGGGAGUUAUUAUAACAUUUACCAGUUCUCUCUAUAUCCAACAACAAAUUGGAAUUAGUCGUAGUUCAACACGUCUUCAGAAGGAAUUAGAAAACAAUCAGCGGGAAUGAGAGCUGUUAUUUUAUUGGUUUCAUUCUAUGGGGCUCUAUCCCAGCCAGUAGAAAAUGAAGUACUAAAAGAAUUCGUAAAUGGCAAUCACAAAUUUACAGCAGCUGUGUAUAAGGAGAUUUUGAAAAAUGAGAAGGGCAAUUUUAUAGCAAGCCCGUUUUCCGUUGAAACAGUCCUUGCUCUUACAAACGAGGGUGCAAAGGGAGACACAUCUUCAGAACUGAUAACUGGACUUUCUCUUCCCAAAACCAAAGAUAAUAUACAAAAGUUUUUCAAAACAUUUUUGCCAAAACUGAAAAAAUCAGAUGAGGAAUUGAAAAUAUUGAGUGCCAAUAAAAUUUAUGUCAAGGAAGGAGUCAAACUCGAAAAUGAUUUCAAAUCUAUAGCUACGAGUAUUUAUAAUUCAGGAGUGAGUGAUGUCGACUUUAAAAACAAAGUUGAAGCUGCGGAGACUAUUAACAACUGGGUGGAAGACAACACAAAUCACAAAAUAAAGAAUUUGAUCGAUCCAGAUACUCUCGAUAAAGAUACCAGCAUGAUUUUGGUUAACGCGCUCUAUUUUAGUGGAAAAUGGGCAUCCGAAUUCCAAAGUUAUAGUACAUAUAAGAAAAAAUUCUUUAAAACUAAAGACGAAACAGUUGAUAUUGACACUAUGUACCAAUCCGAAUACCUAAGCUACUAUGAAAAUCCAGCGCUCAAUACUAAAUUCUUGAAGCUUGAUUAUAGAGGCGCAGACGUUAGUAUGACCUUCGUUUUACCUAAUGCAGUAGACGGGCUUGCUACACUGGAAGAGAAUGUAGAGCAGCUGUUAGUUACUCAACCACUCAUUAAAGCAAUAAUUGAGGUAGAAAUACCCAAAUUUGUCACAGAAACGAGUAUUAAGUUUAAACCAAUCCUACAGGAUUUGGGUAUCCAAAAACUAUUUACCGACGAGGCCGAUCUAACAGGACUUUCUUCGUCUGAUAAGAACCUACUCGUAAGUGACGUGGUCCAAAAGGCUUUCAUUAAUGUUACCGAAACUGGAACUGAGGCAGCAGCAGCUACAGCAGUUCAUGGUGUCCCAUCUUCUCUACCACCACCACCUAAAUAUAGUUUUAAAGCUGAUCACCCCUUCCUGUACUUUAUCAAAUAUAAUGGAAUAGUGCUUUUUGUAGGCCGUUAUGCUACUCCAUCUUAAAUUUUAUUAGCUUUAAUAUGUGCAUUUUUUAUAUGAUAAUGUAUCUUCACAAUAAGUAAAAAGUACUUGUGUACUUGCCAAAUGUUGUUUUAAAAUAUAUGUAUAAGUACUCAGUUGCAUUUAGUUCUUAUUAGAAAUAUUGUGUCUUCCAAAUCAAAAUUCAGUAUAUACUUUUUAUAAUGAUACAGACUACAUAUUCUCAAGGUUUUUAAAAAUAUAUCCUUUUUAAAUUUUA